AUUCCCAAAUGAGUUCCAGUUCCGAUUAAUGGUCGUGUUCAAAGAUUCGAAAUCAUCGAUAUAUGCAAUUUAUAACUGUUAACGCUUUGACUUGCAGAGUCACUUCGCGCCUAUAUGCAGCUAGAAAAAUUAAGCGAAAUGGCUUAUGAAUAUUUUCCCCAAGUGUUCCAAAGUAUUAUGCAUUUGGCAACAUCAAAUGAAGAUUUGCGUAGUGUAUUAACUCGACUUGAAAAUGCGCUUAAGGACAAAGAAGAGCUCAAGAAAAUAAAGAAAAACCUUCAUAAGGAAACACCGAAUUUGCGUAUCGACAUGGUGUUGGCGCGUGAAGCGACCGAUGUGCGUCAAGAAGAAAUUAAACAGAUGGAGACCGUUACCAAAACUAUACAAAGCUCAUACGAAUAUCUACUGGCAAUGGCCAACUUGUUCGACGAUGAGAAAAUCAAGAAUAUGCUGAGCUUCGAGGUUAUGCGGAAGGAACGGGAGGUGCAGCAGAAAAUCAGGGCCAUCGAAAUGGAGCAGAAACUCCAGCUGGAGGGAAAAGUCGCUAUGGAAGCGCGCUCAAUUGUUCAGGACUUUCGUAAAUGGCAGCUACAAUUGAAGGAGGCACAGGAAGAAAAUUCGAGGAUUGUCUUAGAAUCAGCUGAAAUGGAGCGCUACUGGAACGAGAAAUUGGCUCGGGCCACUCAGCAGCGAAACAAAAAGAUUGUUUCCUUGGUGCAGCUGAGGAAGCAAAUCGCUGAGCGGAAGAUUCCAUUUCCACCCGGCAUCAAGGUCAAGGCUUGCGAGACCAAGGCUAUGGCUCUGCCCAAGAAAGUUGAACCGCUCGUGCUGCAGCCGGCAUUGGAUUUCAUCAACAAGUAUGCUGAGGUAAACAAAGUCGUUGAUAAAGCUAUUGCCAUGGACACAUCAAUGGAUCCACCGUUGCGCUCCAUAUUAGUUCUCAAUCGCUCAAUGGACAGUUCUAAUGAGCUUGAUGCUACAGCAAAUCCCAAUAAGCAGGUACAUUUUGCCCCUUCGCCCUCGCCAUCUCACGCCAGCGGCAUCGAGACCGUUGAUCUUCCUACUGAUAUGGUUGACAUAUCUGACGUAACCUCAGAGUCAUCGCAGCUAGAGGUAGAAAAUACGCCCGAUACGAAAAAUUUUCCUGAUAAAGCUGUAGUCGAACAUGUGGAAAUUUUGCCGACAUUGUCACUCGAAAUUCCUGGAUGUGAUAACAAAAAUUAUGAUCAUGUUUUUCAAUGCAAUGAGUCCAUGCCCGAAGAGGACAUGGAUGAGGAUAAAAACGAAACAGAAACUAUGAAUUCAAAAUAUGCUGACAACGAUUUCUUUAUAAAUAUGACUGACUCAAACAACAGCUCUUAUGAUUUGUAA